GCGAGACAUUCUACUGAGGUUCGGAAUCAGAUAGGUGGGCUGUGCGAUUUAUUUCCGACAGCUCGCUGGCUAAAUGUUUAGAAUAAGUGGGCAAACUAAAAGGAAUUCUAGAAGACAUCUGGGUUGGCGUCGUUUGAAGAGUCAUAGGUUUUUUGUACUUCUCUAACUGGAGUGGUUUUGGGAAAUCAGUUAUGUCGUAGACGCUGGAACGCGCUUCGCAAAGAACACCAAUUCUCACACUUGAUUUUCACUCAUUCCAUCUGCACAUGAAAACAAUGGCGAGACGCAAAAGGCAUAUCGGGUUGGAAUUUAACGGCGCGUAGCCACCGCGCAGGUUGAAGACGGUCUCUGAAAAGAAAAUCGGGGGUCAACACAAGUCGGAGCGAGAUGGAAAGCCCGACCGAGAACCCAACUAGGGCUGCGGAAUAUCUGAAGGAGCUAAAUAACAUAAUCGAAACCCAACAGGAGUUACUGGAGAGGCAGAAAAAUAGGAUAGAGGAACUGGAGCAGCAAGUGUCCGAAUUGUGUUCGGAAAACGCCUGUUUGAAAGACCAAUACCAGCGGCACCUGGCUACGUGUAGGCUGCUUCAACAGGGCAACAGCCUCGCAACAUUAGGUGCCAUAAAAGAAAACAUCACCCAAGAAAAAUCUGAAUGUGACAGCUCUAGAAUGGUCAGGAGACAUGCCUCUCUGCCCAUUGAUGUCACCGAUAACCCUUCCAGUCUGGUGUUGGCCGGCUGCAGGAGAGGAUUUCCUAGCCGCAAGUGGAAGUCUGCCUCUUUAGGCGUGGAGGGGGAUGCAAGGCCCAGUGAGAUUGACAGUGGAGCCAGCUACCGGGGCCCCGUGAUCAGCCCUGACCGCUUUGAGGGCCCCCUCUACAGCCACGGGGUACAGCCGGGACCCCAGCGCCCCCCACGCAGGCCCAAGCUACAGCACUCUCAGUCCAUCCUUCGCAAGCAAGCCGAGGAGGAGGCCAUCAAACGCUCUCGCUCGCUCUCUGAGGGCUAUGAGCUCUCUGCUGACCUCCAGGACAAACAGGUGGAGAUGCUGGAGCGUAAAUAUGGCGGACGCUUCAUAACCCGGCAUGCGGCCCGCACCAUCCAGACAGCCUUCCGCCAGUACCAGAUGAACAAGAACUUUGAACGUCUCCGGAGUUCUAUGUCUGAGAACCGCAUGUCCCGGCGCAUCGUUCUGUCAAACAUGAGAAUGCAGUUCUCCUUCGAGGGCCCCGAGAAAGUCCACAGCUCCUACUUUGAGGGCAAACAGGUGUCCCUGACCGAUGACGGGAACCCCCUGGGCUUGGUACAGUCUGAGUGCGGAGACAUGGAGGUCCACCACCAGGCCAACCUGGCAUCUCACCCCACCUCCCAGAACGACCUGACGGACGCCAUCACGGAGCUGGAGGACGCCUUCUCCAGACAGGUAAAGUCGCUAGCCGAGUCGAUCGACGAUGCCCUGAACUGCCGCAGCCUUCAGGGAGACGAGGGUCAUGACCCCGAGGUCCUGGGCUGCCCUGAGGCAGAGAGGGAGGUGGCCUAUCAAGUGAAGCCUCACCGCGGGACGCAGGGGCGCAUGCGAGAGGACAUGAUGGCAUCCUACAGCGACGUGACGCUAUUUAUCGAUGAGGAGGAGCUGUCUCCCUCAAUGGGUCUGUCGCGGGGUUCAGGUGACCAGCCCUCCAGCAUUGAGUCAGACCUCCGUCUGCGCUCUGCCAACUCCUCCCAGGACUAUUGGCCCCUGGAUCCCAAGGACGAGGGGCGUGACACGGACACCAGCUGCCGCAGCACGCCCUCUCUGGAGUGCCAGGAACAGCGGCUUAGGGUGGACCACCUCCCCCUCCUGACCAUCGAGCCGCCUAGCGACAGCUCAGCCGAGCACAGCGACCGUUCGGACCGCAGCUCCAUCAAACGCCCGCCCAUCUACGAGACCCACGCGGGCGGCCACAUCGUGGCGUCCUCCCAGGCUAGCCCUAAGCACAUCUCCCACGGCCCGCCCCCGCGGGCGCAGUCACGGGACGAGGAGGCGCCCCUCCGCCACCGCCACCGGGCGCUGGAAAGCCACCUGGCCAUUAACGGCUCGGCCAACCGGCAGAGCAAGUCCGAAUCCGACUUCUCGGACGGGGACAACGACAGCGUCAACAGCACGUCCAACUCCAAUGACACCAUCAACUGUAGCUCCGAGUCGUCGUCCCGGGACAGCCUGAGGGAGCAGACGCUCAGCAAGCAGACGUACCACAAGGAGACGCGCAACAGCUGGGACUCGCCCGUCUUCAGCAACGACGUCAUCCGCAAGAGGCACUACCGCAUCGGCCUCAACCUCUUCAACAAGAAGCCAGAGAAAGGUAUCCAGUACCUGACUGAGAGGGGUUUUGUCCCAGACACACCUGUGGGUGUGGCUCACUUCCUGCUUCAGAGGAAGGGCCUGAGCAGGCAGAUGAUUGGAGAGUUUCUGGGCAACAGGCAGAAACAGUUCAACAGAGACGUCCUGGACUGUGUGGUGGAUGAGAUGGAUUUCUCGUCAAUGGAGCUGGACGAGGCACUGAGAAAGUUCCAGAACCAUAUCCGGGUCCAGGGAGAGGCCCAGAAGGUGGAGCGCCUCAUUGAAGCCUACAGCCAACGCUACUGCAUCUGUAACCCCACGGUGGUGCGACAGUUUCGGAACCCGGACACAAUCUUCAUCCUGGCCUUCGCCAUCAUCCUCCUCAACACGGACAUGUACAGCCCCAACGUCAAGCCUGAGCGAAAGAUGAAGUUAGAGGAUUUUGUCAAAAACCUGAGAGGCGUGGAUGACGGGGAGGACAUCCCCAGGGAAAUGUUGACAGGGAUCUAUGAGAGAAUCAGGAAGAGGGAGCUCAAAACCAACGAGGACCACGUUUCUCAGGUUCAGAAAGUGGAGAAACUCAUCGUGGGGAAGAAACCGAUUGGAUCUCUCCACCAUGGUAUCGGAUGUGUACUGUCCCUGCCCCACCGCAGGCUGGUGUGUUACUGCCGCCUGUUCGAAGUACCAGACCCCAACAAGCUCCAGAAGCUAGGCCUGCACCAGCGGGAGAUCUUCCUGUUCAACGAUCUUCUGGUGGUGACAAAGAUUUUCCAGAAGAAGAAGAACUCUGUGACAUACAGCUUCCGGCAGUCGUUCUCUCUGUAUGGCAUGCAGGUUUUGAUGUUUGAGAACCAGUAUUACGGGAAUGGGAUCAGGCUUACAUCAGCCAUACCAGGUGCCGACAUCAAAGUCCUCAUCAACUUCAAUGCGCCCAACCCACAGGACCGCAAGAAGUUUACCGACGACCUGCGCGAGUCCAUCGCAGAGGUCCAGGAAAUGGAGAAAUACAGGAUAGAGUCUGAGCUGGAGAAGCAGAAGGGCGUGGUGAGGCCCAGUAUGUCCCAGAGCUCUGGGCUGAAAAAAGAGGCUGGCAAUGGCAACAUGAACCGUGCCAGCCUGGACGACAGCUACACCAUGGGCGAGGGCCUGAAGAGGAGCGCCCUCAGCAGCUCCCUCCGUGACCUGUCCGAAGCAGGCAAGCGGGGGCGUCGCAGCAGUGCAGGAUCACUAGACAGCAAUAUGGAAGGGUCCAUCAUUAGCAGCCCACACACGCGGCGGAGAGCUCACGCCCCGCGCGGCGAGGGCCCGCCCCGGGGCCCCCCCGUCAACCCCAACUCCUCGUCUCUCCUCGGGUCCCUCUUCGGCAGCAAGCGGGGGAAGCCUUCGUCCCAGAUGCAUCCUCCUCUGCCCGGUCACCCCACCCUGAUUUCUCACAUGCCACACCCGUCCAACCUCCACCACACAGCCCAGCAGGUGACCCAGGCCCAGCUCCACCACUCCCAGUACUGCCAGGUCCAGCAGAACCCCCCUCCCUACCACCACCACCACCACUACCACCCCCCGCCCCACACUCAGUACCACCAGCACCCGGCGGCAUACGCCGCCUCCGCCCAAAUGCAUCAACACGUGCACCCCCACCCGCACGUUGUCGCACCACCGCACAGCCACGUCGCCCAACACAACCAGCAUUCCCAUCACGGCCCGCACUCCCAGCAUGCACCCCCCCACCACAGUCAGCAGCAGGGCCCGGCGCCUGGCGGCCCCAAACCCAAACACAGCGGCAUCAGCACUGUGGUGUGACAUCCCUCACAGAGAGGGAGGGUGAGGGAGGGAGGGAGGAGUGAACUUAAAGGAGGGACAGUCAUAGAAUGGACAGAGGGUGUGCUGUAGGUCGAUGGCCUGUCCACUGUGUUCCGCUGUUGCUGUGACCCUUUUUAUCCCCUCAGAUGCUCACCAAUAUGCAGGAGCCAAACUGGACAAUAUUUUUCCCUAAUGGGCCUCGGCUCAAAACUCAGUAAAGGCCCCAGUCGCUCUGUCGGGGGAUCCAGGAGGAGGCGUUUCAGAGGGGGAUGAGCUUUACCCUUUCCUUCCCAUGAACCAAACAAUGAUGAGAACGGUGCAUUUUGUGCGGGCAGCUGUCCACUGGGCCGUUCUCUCAAUUGACUUGUCUUCCCUUCGCCUAAUACGGAGGAGAGACCGCCUGAGAAAACACGUCUGACUGUUUCCUCUGUCACCACGGCAUAUUAUAUUGUAGCCAGUCUUUUUAAACGAAGUUAGCAUUUAACACUCUGCUUCCCUGAGGCCAGCAAAGUCCACUUUCCAUUUUAACAAAUGACGUUUGUUGUUGCUUCCUAUAGAACUCAGAUGGUUCGCCAGGCACUAACAGUGAAUAGGCAUUUGUCUUAUUUGAUAUUCCUGGUAAAAGAAAGGUUGAUUCAAUUCAAAAUAAAGAAAUGGUGUAAAAAAUAUAGAAAAAAUAAUGUCACAGUGAGUAGACCAACAGACAGGCUAACAACUUAGUAGACCCUUUCAACACUAGUAGUUGUAGUGCUGUAUGUACUGUAGAUGACAGCUUUACAUGUCGUUUCCUUGCUCUCAUUAAUAAAUGUGCCAAUUACUAAUGCAUAAACUAUUUAGUCCAGAGUUAAUGUACAGUAUAUUGUGCGUAAAGUACCUUGUAAGAUUAUACUUACAAGCAUUAUUAUUAUUAAUAGUACUAUCAUUAGAACUUUAUCAGUAUUAAACUGACUAUGGUAACAGGACAGAUGGGGAAAAAGGUGAGUACACCCACAUCCAGUCAGGCAGACCAAUCACCUAUUCUGGAACCGUUUGCCUUCCAACCAGCGUGUUGUGAGACUCUGGAAUGCAGCUGUGUCAUAUGGCGCUCCUUGUGAUGGCCAGUCAUGUAUGAAACCUCCCACUGGACAGACAUUUCUGGGCAUGGGUGUCCAGCAACCAUAUGUCGUUGCUAUAUUGGGUGGAUGCGUCCUCCUUGACUCAGUGUAGGAGUCCUAUAUGAAGUACUGAUGUUUAGUACCUUGGGUAAAGUCAAGACUGCAAUGAAGACGUGUCCCCGAUCUCUUUUUGAGUUCACAGUGGCCUCUUUGGUCUUUGGUUGUAUGCUGGCCUCCUAGAUGUUUAACAUUAUAAAAGUUGAGAUUCAAGUCACUUUACUGAUGGACCUGCAGUAGAGCUGGCCAGUGCUCACGCUCUCCAUGUAUGGAGCAGCUGCAUUCUUGACUCUAUAAAUCAAAGUACAGUUAUUCUUUUUUUAUUGUUUUGUUUGCUUAAAGUACUUAUAUCUUUUUGUUUUCUUCACAAAACCUGAGUAGGUGAGUGACUGAAAUAAGCUUUUAGGUAUGGAUUUGUUUGUUUGUGAUCUUUUUAUCUUCUUUUUUUUUUAUGUAUGUGCAAUAUCUUCGUACUGAUUUUGUACAUUCGCAACAAGCAAAGUGUCUCUUCUGUUUGUUUGGUGUGUCUUCAUGUUGUGUCAUUUAUUUAUUUAUUCUGUUUGGACCCCUGUCGUUUUCUCUCAGUGGCUUAAUGUGUGGCUGUUAUAUUGGUUCUCUGAGAAACACAGUCCUAGAAUUCAGUGGAAUGUCUAAUAAGUGAUUUUGCAUGUAAUGACGUUAUUGAUGUGAGGCUAUCCUUGGCACAUUGUAUAACAAAUCAGUGUUACCAUAGCGAUUGAAGUGCAAUCACAUAUGAAAAAACAGACUUGUAGGCCUCCUACGCGUUCAAGUCAGAUAUGUUUUCCAGGAAGAGAUUCAGGUGAAAAUAUCUUUUUUUCCAUUUCAGAUUAUAUACGUACACCGUUCACAGUGGGAAGAACGAGGAAUGUGUGUAUAUAUUUUAAUAAAGGAAUAUGCUUCCCUAGAGGCAGAACAGAAAUAUUUUGCUGGAUAAGCACAUAUGAAGGAGCGCUUUCAUUUUUCAGGAAAUGUAGAUCUAAUAUACAACAAAGAAUUGUGAGGGAACUGGGUUAUGUGUAAAGAAAAAACUUUCUACAUUCUACAAAAUAAGAGUCUAUUAUCGUGUGUACAAUAAAGUAAAAGUCAACUGUUUGUCCCAAUAUUCAGGGUGUAAAUGUAUUUUAACAUUCACUAAGAAAACCAUAGUCACACUUGAGGCUUAGGACAGACUUAACACAUGUCUGAUCAUGUUUGACCCAUGAUUAUAUAACAGAAAAAUAAGGACAUUUUGAACCUGAAUAUAUCCUAUCUGGACCAUGAAUAAUCCAUUGAAUGUCUUUCUAAUGAUUCUAUAUUUUCUUUUUUGUAACUCAGAAAGGGUUGGACAAUGUAAAACAAAAUGAAGAUGAAAUAUAUACAUGUUUCUUUUUGUCAUAGAGCUUGGAGAAAUCCACAGUCAUCUGUAGUCUGAGGAAUACCCCAUGCACUGCAUGGACCUAAUGCAUUGUGUCCUUUUUCACUGUGAGCUGACGGAACAGGUCAGCCUGGAAACUUAAUUGGGUUCUUUUUUAUUUUAGUUUUUGCAGGGUUUUGAUUUGAAGUCUCCUGAUUUCUUCAUGCUGUCCCAAGUUUAGGUUGGAGCUCAGCAUUCAUUUCAUCUACAUAUACACAGCCAUUGUAAAAACAACAAAACAUAAACAUCAAUGCACUUCUUUUAUUAUUGAGUCGAGGGCUUUAGUUGUGUAAAUAGGAGAAAAGUGUUGAUUGUGGAUUUCUGAAAAGGGUGAUUUAUCUAAAAUCAAGAUGAGAGGGGACCAAGAGAGAAUGAGGAUCUGUACAUAGUAUGUAUAUUGUCACUACCCCAAUCUAAUAUCUGCUGUGGAGAUCAGGGUGGUAUAUUCCUACCACUUCUUAUGGUUCAAUAUGAUUCUCAACAUAUCGCUUGUAAUGAACAGUCAACCUCCAACUGUAAUGUAACAGUCAUUCGCUUUGGAUCUCAAAGACAGACUGUUAUAACGUUCACUGCCUCCUACGAAACACAUGCACACACACGUUUCCUCUCAUCCCAUGCUGCAAGCUGUUCUGUCAGGCGUGAGACACACUUUUAAAAAGGGAACGAUAAGAGUGGCCUCAUUUCAGUGUGCAUUCAGUUUGUCCAGUGUGUAGCGAGUCAGUAAGACCCUGUUGUAAAACUUCAACUGUGACAAUGUCAAGAACGCUAAAUAAACAAAUAUGACUUAUGGUA